AUGGAGAAAGGGACCACCAGUCAAGGAAUACAGGCAGCCUCCAGCAGAUGCAAAGUUUUAAAGCAGGGCUCGUUUCGGUCCACUAUUACUCCAAGGGGCACUACCCGGUUCGGCCGGCACCAGGCUAGAGGGCGCUCGAGAGCCCGGCGCGGCUUCACCAGCGGCGGGAGGAGGAGCAAGAGCGGGAGGAGGAAGCGGUCGGUAGCCCUGCGUCAGGAACCCGCAAUGGUGCUGCAGCGGCUGCUGCUCGGGAGUGCGCGCCAGGCAAUCCUCGGGUCCGCGGAGGUUGCGUUCUGGGGUUUGAAGUCAAUAAAAGGAAGCUACCACAAUUUUUGUACUGCUGAGUGUAAAGAUGUCACUUAUACGGAACUUAAAAGCCUCUUGAAAUCCAAAAAAAUUAUGUUAAUUGAUGUUAGAGAAACCUGGGAAAUUCUUGAGUAUGGAAAAAUCCCUGGGUCUGUCAAUAUACCAUUGGAUGAUGUAGGUAAAGCUCUGCAGAUGAGCCCAAAAGACUUCAAAGAGAAGUACAAUGAAGUAAAACCAUCCCAAUCCGACAGUCUAGUGUUUUCUUGUUUAGCUGGAGUGAGAAGCAAGAAGGCUCUGAACACAGCAGUAUCUCUGGGCUUUAACAGUGCACAACACUAUGCUGGAGGAUGGAAGGAAUGGGCAACAUAUGAAUUUUCAGAGAAGAAACAAGGAAAUUGAAUUUUGGAAUACAACUGGCCCUUUCCUUGUGUACAUGCAACCCAGGACAGUGGAAUAAGCAAAAGAAUAAAAAUGUAGCCCUGGCACCAUUGGUUAAUGGCAAGGGGAUUUGUAUAAGUCAAAUAUUUGUUGAAUCCUUUUCUCACUUACAAAUUGAGAAUACCAUGUGCUCUGCCUACUUCCAAAGGCUACCGAGGAUUGAGGUAAUUGUAUGUGACUUGCCAUGGAAAUAGAAGGAUUGGGAUUCUAAAUAUUAAUUUGUAAAUAGUUUAGUAUAGUUCAGUAGUAUUCCAAAAGACCUGGUUACCUGUAAUGCCUAAUCAUAAUGUGUGACCAUUUGUGUUAGUAUAUAGCUUCUGUACUCUUCAUCAAAGAGGCUAUGAGCUAGACCAGUAGAUUAACAGACAGAUUUAACCUUAAAACACCAAGAAUCUGGGAUCCAGAAAAGUAGGUGAAAAAUCAACAAUGAAAAUACAUUAACAACAUCCAAAGACUUUUGGCAGUGUGGCCAUCAAUGGUGGCAAUAUAAUUUGCAAUUUAAAAAAAAAUAUGAUCUAUGGGGAUAGUAAUCAGAACAGAGGUUGCUUCUGUGCAAGGAAGAUUAGCUGGAAAAGGCAAGGAGGAAAAUUUCUACAGUGUGGAAGUGCUCCAUAUCUUUUUCUUUUUUUCUCUUUAGGGCCACACCUGUGGCACAUAGAAAUUCCCAGCAUGGGGUCGAAACGGAGCUACAGCUGCCGCAGGAUCUGAGCUGCGUCUUUGACCUACCCCACAGCUACAGCAAUGCCAGAUCCUUAACUCACUGAUCGAGGCCAGGGAUCAAACUCCAGUCCUUAUGGAUACUAGUAAGGCUCAUCAUCUUUGAGCCACAAUGGGAAUUUCCAGGAAGUGCUCUAUGUCUUGAUCGAGGUGUCAGUAACAUAGGGGUAUACAUUUAUGAAAACCUGGAGUUCCCAUCAUGGUGCAGUGGAAACGAAUCCAACUAGGAACCAUGAGGUUGUGGGUUCGAUCCCUGACCUCGCUCAGUGGGUUAAGGAUCUAAUGUUGCCCUGAGCUAUGAUAUAGGUCGCAGAUGUGGCUUGGAUCUGGCCUUACUGUGGCUGUGGCCUAGGCCAGCAGCUACAGCUCUGAUUAGACCCCCUAACCUGGAAACCUCCAUAUGCUGUGGAUGUAUAAAAAAAAACUUAAUUGAAGUGAAAACUUUAAAACUAUACCUUAUCUGUAAUUAUAUUUCACAAAUAAUGAAAAUAGAAAAAAAGUUUAAAUGUAAAUGACUCCCACUAGCAUGAGUAUAUUCCUUUGGAACAUUAAGUCCUGUACUUGGUAGUACACUAGUGUACUGGUGGUAAAACAAAAUUUCUUUCUUCCAUCCGUGUCUCUUCAGACCCAUCUGUUUUUAGUCUCAUUUAUAUAGUCAUUCAGAUUAUGUAAUGCCUAGCAAGUAAACUAUAAGGUCUUGAUUUUGUCCUAAAUGAUUUAUUAAGCCAUCGGAGAACCUGGGGUAGGGAUGUGAUGUUAUCACCUUGAACUUCUAUUUCUGCUUUGUCAGUCUAGUUUCUAGCAGAGAAGACUCCCUACAAGAACUAGACAACCUGGAAAACACACACAUAACAGACACACACACAGACACACACACACACACACACACACACACACACACACACACACUCUCUUCUGUGUUGGUUCAUCCUUUAUGCCUUUCCUUCUCCUUGGACCAGUGCUCUCCAGAUCAUGGCUGCCUUAGUAAUUCUUUGAUGCCUUUAAACAAAUUUUAUUUAUACAUUUAUACAAACAAAUAUUACUAGGGCAAUAUACUAAGGGAGUAAGAAUCUGAGGAGCCACAAUCUCACGGAGAAGAAAAGCUGUAGAGAAUGAACCACCGUUGAAGUGCUGGGCCCAUCAAAGAAUAGGUAAAUACCCCAGACUUGUAGUUAAAAGCUCCGAAAAGCUAUACCCUAGGAGUAGAGGUGAAUUGGAAAAUGACUAAUCCUCAUAAAAAUGCAAGGGUACCUUUGAACCAACUAAAUCCUUGAAUGAAUUAAGGUGAUCUUGAUACCCUAAGGGCCUUCCAGAAGUAUAUUCUCUCUUGGAGAAAGACACCAUUAUCUAGCUAAAGCAGAGGUUGGCAAAAGAAUAUAUUUUAUGUUUGUAGGCCAUAAAGUCUUUGUUUCAACUAUGCAUCUCUGCUUCUGAGCACAAAAGCAGCCAUACACAAAAGGAAAACCACUGAGUGGGGUUGUAUUCUGAUAAAUCUAAUAGGUCACUUAGGUUUGAAUUUUAUGUUUCAUAUGCUGCCAAAUAGUCUUUUGUCUUUUUGCCAUUUCUUGGGCCGCUCCCAUGGCAUAUGGAGGUUCCCAGGCUAGGGGUCGAAUCGGAGCUGCAGCUGCCAGCCUACACCAGAGCCACAGCAACUCGGGAUCCGAGCCGCGUCUGCAACCUACACCACAGCUCACGGCAACGCCGGAUCCUUAACCCACUGAGCAAGGGCAGGGAUCGAACCCUCAACCCCAUGGCUCCCAGUCGGAUUCGUUAACCACUGUGCCACGACGGGAACUCCCAAAUAGUCUUCUUUUAAUUAUUUUUCAACAACUAAAAAAUAAAGCAAACUUUCUUAGCUCAAAGGCAAGACAGAGGUGGCAGGUGGGAUGUGGCCCAUAGAGCAUAGUUUGCAGAACUCUGUGCUGGAGCUACACAUUAUUCCUAUAGUUUUUCAUAUGCAACACUCAAAAUUCUACCAAAACUAGAAGUAGCAGGAGUUCCUAUUGUGGCUCAGCAGUUAACGAACCCAACUAAUUAAUAUCCAUGAGGACACGGGUUUGAUCCCUGGCCUCACUCAGUGACUGGGUUGGGAUCCUGUGUUGUCUUGAGCUGUGGUAUAGGUCGCAGACACAGCUUGGAUCUGGUGUUGCUGUGGCUGUGGUGUAGGCCAGCAGCUACAGCUCGGAUUCGACCCCUAGCCUAGGAACCUCCAUAUGCUGCAGGUGCGGCCCUAAAAAGACAAAAAACAAAACAAAACUUACUAGAAGUAGCAAUAAAUAGGACCUCAUGAUUGAAAAAUAAGAAAAAAGAAGAUACGACAGAAACAGACCUAUAGAAGUUUUACAUUUUGGAGUUUUCAGACAGACUUUAUAUGGUGGAUAGGUUUAACAGCAGAUUAGACACAACUGAUGAGGAUUAAUAAAAAUGAAAAACUGAGGUGCACACAUUAAUAUGGAUGACUCUCAAAUUGAGAUUGUGAGAAAAAGCAAACUACAGGAACAUACACUACAAAAUAGCGUAAAACAUACAAAAUACCAUAUAUUAUGCAUUUUACAUGUAUGUACACAUAUAUGCAUGUAUAAGUAUAAAUUAUGAGAACAAUAAAUACCAAAUUCAGAAGUUUCCUCUGGGGUGAGAACACAGAAGGUUGUGAUAGUAUUUAAUGUGUUUGGUGGUUAAAUUAAUACUUUUUCUGUGUAAAAUGGGAUAGGAACUUCGUAUCCCCACUUGGAGACACUUUAAACUAGAUUCUAUAAUCAUAAUACCUUUGGAUUCUUGGUACUUUUUUAAAGAAAAAAACUUAUGAUAAAUAAUGUAUCUUACCUAAAUGUAAUUGUAUUUGUAUCUUUUUGAAGAAGCAAUGGAUUAAUAAAUCAGAAUUUGUUUUCUACACUAAA